UUUUUUUUUUUUUUUUUUUUAAAAAUAGUUUAUUUUUAUUCUAUUGUACUUUCUCAGUGACCAAACGGGAUGCAUGUAUGAACUUGUUUUGUGCCGUUUAACUUUGGUUUCUUUUUCUCUGACCCAUGAUAUCGCCGCGUGGUAUGCGUUUGUAGUAGUGGAGAAUUUAUAUGUUGCUGAAUGAUGAUGUGAUUUUUUGAUUAUAAGUAACCUAAAGAUGCUCUAUUGUUUAAGCAAAGCUGGAAAAUUCUGAUUACUAUUUUUGUUUCUUGUUGUCUAUAAACAUUAAACAAUAGAUGUAUAAUUCAACAUCUUUCUUUGCUGCUUAUACUGUGAUAUCUCUCACCAAUUUAAGGUUUUUUUUUUGUUAUUUUUAAAUGUAUGGUGGUUGCUUCUCAUGCCUGGGACCCUAAGAUUCUGAUGCUUGAUAUUAGAGUAUUGCUAGUAUUGGGGUCUUUACUUUAUGCUCGAAUAGAUUGUUCCAUCGAAUACCUUUGGAAUGUGUCUCUUUCUGAUAGUAAUCUGAAGCCUUUAUCUCUUUGUUUUGUAUGCCAGUGUUGUUUUUUCACAUAAUGAAUCUUCUGCUUCUAUACUUAUAUUUAUUUAUUUGUUAUUUUGGCCCUCUUGGUGCUUUGGCCUUUUUGUUUCUUUUGUUUAACCAUGUCAGUGGACGUACGGGAAAACUUUUAAUUUUAUUUAUUAAGUAGAAUAAGGAAUAAAUGCAUCAGCAGGGAGAAUGCAACUUGUUAAUGUCAAAGUGUGCCACUAUCAUUAUGAAGAGGAGGGGUGGACAUGGUGUGGUGGGUCAUGACGCCCACAUAAAAGGACAUCAUCUGUGAUUGCAGAUGAUAUCGUCAUUGAUUUCAUCUGAAUUCAAAAUUUUUAUUUGAUCAACAUCUAUUGCUCUAGGUUAUUUAUAAAAUCAAUGUAAAGAUUUUUGUUUUUCUUUCCCUUUGCAUGGAUGGGCUUUGUUUGAAGUAUUGGAUUUUGUUUCGUCUAUUCCUGCUAAAGUUUUGUUGUUGUCCUAGAGGGUUAGCUAAGUUUUAAGUCUUGUUAAGCGACCCCAAUCAGGAGGGUAGUAUCAGAGUUUCCUGAGAGUGAGUAGAUGUGAAGCAGUUUGCUAAAGUAUAACUGGGAAUUCAGAAACUUUGUGGAAAAUAUGAUCAUACAGGCAGAACCUUCCCCAACUACUGGUACCUUUAUGAAGCCUCAAAUGGCGCAGGGCUCUGUUGGUUCUGCUGCAUAUUCAACCACUACGGUUUACUCUAAUAUCAAUGUUUCUGAUAACAAAAGUUCAAGUACCUUUGAGUUUAAACCUCAUGCUCUGUCAAAUAUGGUUACUGCAGAAAUAAAUACCCAGAGAAAUGCAGUGUCUCUGCAAGUCCAAAGUCAACCCCAAUCAUUUGGGACAGUAUCUUUAGUUAAAAGUGAGGUGGCAGUCAAUUCAAACGAGUUGGGCUUUUCAUCAGCAGCGCGUGGUGUUGUUGCUUCUGCUGAUGGUGAUUCAGAUGAAUUAAACCAGAGGGGCAAUUCUAGUUCUGGUGUCCAAACAGCACAAUUUGAUCACAAGGGAAAUGGACCUUCAGUCAUAUCUUCUGAAGAUGGGUAUAACUGGCGUAAGUAUGGACAAAAGCAUGUCAAAGGAAGUGAAUUUCCGCGUAGCUAUUACAAAUGUACCCAUCCUAACUGUGAAGUGAAAAAACUAUUUGAGCGUGCCCAUGAUGGACAGAUAACAGAGAUUGUUUACAAGGGCACACAUGAUCAUCCUAAACCUCAACCCAGUAGGCGAUACAACACUGGUAGUAUUAUGUCUAACCAGGAAGAAAGAUCUGACAAGUUUUCAUCUAUAAUUGGUCGUGAUGACAAGUCUAGCAUAUAUGGACAGGGGUCUAAUACUAAUGAGCCAAAUGGUACUCCAGAUCAAUCUCCUAUUGCAACAAUUGAUGACAUUGUAGAAGCUACAGGAAAUAGGAUCAGUGAUGAUGCAGAUGAUGAUGAUCCAUUCUCAAAGCGGAGGAAAAUGGAAAUCGGAUGCAUUGAUGUCACUCCAGUGGUUAAGCCUAUCAGGGAACCACGUGUUGUUGUUCAAACUCUGAGUGAGGUGGAUAUACUGGAUGAUGGAUACCGCUGGCGGAAAUAUGGCCAGAAAGUAGUGAGAGGAAAUCCUAAUCCAAGGAGUUAUUACAAAUGCACAAAUGCUGGAUGCCCUGUUAGAAAACAUGUGGAGAGAGCUUCUCAUGAUCCUAAAGCAGUUAUAACAACAUAUGAAGGAAAACAUAACCACGAUGUCCCUGCUGCGAGAAAUAGCAGCCAUGAAUUGGUAGGAUCAAUGGCUGCAAGCAUCCCAGCAAGGAUUAGACCGGAGGAAACUGAUACCAUUAGCCUUGAUCUAGGGGUUGGAAUUAGUUCUGCUACUGAUAAUAGGUCCAACGAGCAACAUCCUACUGCGCAAUCUGAACAAAUGGAAAGCCGAAGUCACAACUCCAAUGUCAAUGUAGCUCAAGGAGGUACGACAUUCUACGGUAUCCUAGGUAAUGGCUUGAACCAAUUUGGAUCUAGAGAAAAUAUUGAAAUAUCAACUUUGAACCAUUCAUCAUAUCCAUAUCCACAAAACAUGGGUAGAAUCUUAACAGGUCCUUAAAAUUGCUUCAACUGUAUGAAGUGAAUAAAUAUGUUCUGUUUCAUUUCUUUUCUUUCCUCUCAAAGUUCAAUCUUUGUUUUCUAGUUCUUAAUUCCUAAAAGUGAUGUAUGAAGUGCCUUGAGUUGAACUAUUGUUUGUGUAACAUUAGCUUCUUUGGGAUACAUUGUACAAAGAUGAAUUAGUACUGAUAUAUUAUAUUCUGACAAGAGUUGAUAAUGUAAACUCGAGUGCUUGUAAUGUACGCUAUUUAUAUCUUACAACAAAUUUCAAGUGUA